AUGAUUAAAAUAAAAUGUCUAGGGAGUUUUCCAAAAAAUAUAAAUAAAGUGUCCCUUUCUUUUUAUUGUACAAAAAAUCUUAAGAACUUUUCGUUUUUGUUUUAUCAUCAUAUUAAAAAUAAAAAGAAAGAGACUCCAAUUUAUCCUAAAAAUAUAAACAAUAAAUUAUCAUACGUUACUUAUGAAGAAAAUAUAAGAAUAAAAGAAAAAAAACAAAAAAAAGAUUAUAAAGAUGAAAAAGAUGAAAAAGAUGAUGAAAAUCAUAAAUAUAUAACCAAAAAAAAAUGUCAUAUUAAAGACAACCAUAUAAUAUAUCCUUCUCAGAAUUUAAAAAAGUUGGAAAAAAAUAUCUUUAAUAAAAAAAUUAAGGAUAAUAUAAUGAAAAGUGAUAUUAUUAAUUUAAUUAAUAAUAUAAAAAAUGUACAAAAUGGAAAUGUAAAAAUCAUAAAUGAAUUAAUAAAUAUUAUCCUUCAUAUAAAUUAUAAUAUAAAUGCUUUUUUUAAUUUAAAAAAAAAAUAUGUUAUAGGCUUUUUAUGGUCCAUGGUAAAAACUAUAAAUAUAAUAGAACAGCAAAAAUUAUUUAAAGAAAAAAUAAUAACACUAUUAAAAUAUUUUUUUAUUUUUUUAUCGAAUAAAGUUAUUCAAAAGAAUCUUUUAGAAUCGUCAUAUCAUCCAGUAGAUAUAAAACAAUUUAUCUUCUCAAUUCUUAAUAUUAAAUUAAAUGAAAAUGAAAUAACAAAAAUUGAUUCUAUAAAAAUACAUGACCUUGUCGAUUUUAUAAAAUAUUUACAAAGUUAUCCAUAUAAGGUUAACGUAUCUCAUAAAAAUGAAAAAGAACCAAAACUAGAGACAAACAUAUUUUAUCAUGAAAAUAAUGAAGAAGAACAAAAAAUAAAAAAUAAUAAUCAUAUUCAAUCAACAGAUAAACAAAUGGAUAAAUUAUUUCUUUUAAAAAAAAAUUAUUAUAAUGAAAAUAAUCACUAUGAACAUAGUAAUUAUAUAUACAACCAAAUACAUAAUAAUCUUUUACCUUUGUUUCAAGAAUGUAUAAAUGUACGUUCAGUAAUUUAUACCAUAUAUUCAUAUAUAUGUGAUAAAAUAAAAAUAAUAGAUAUGGAAAUAAAAACUGUGAUUGAUUUUUUAGAGCUAGCUAAUAAAAAUUGUACAAAUGUAUUUAGUUAUAACAUAAGUAAUAUUUUGUUAUAUAAAAUAGAACAAGAUGGACACAAGUAUAAUGAUAAUAAUAAUAAAAAUGAUAAUUAUGAUAAUAAUUAUGAUAAUAAUUAUCACCACAAUAUUUAUCAUCAACAUCAUAAUAAUAUGAUGAACAUUUGUAAUUUUUCCAUUUUUGAAUUGUGUAGAUUUAUUAAUAUUAUUAUAAAUAACAAUAUUAAACACACAAAUAAAUUUAUCUGCUCCAUUGUAAACAUAUUAUUAUAUGAACAAUAUUACAAAACGAAAGAUACAAUAAAUUAUUAUAAUUUUAAUCAGUGCUUAUCUCAUUUGAUUCACAAAGAAAAUGUAGAUAUACAAAAUUAUAAGGACUUACAAGUAUGUGUACCUAAAUAUUUGUGUAACACAUGGUUGUAUAAAGCAACUCCAAGAGAUAUAGCGUCUCUUAUACGAGAUUUUUCAAGACUUAAGUUUAUAAAUAAUCAUUUUUAUAAUAUUUUAAUUGAGGCGUUUUUUUUUAAAACGGAUCAAAGGAAAGGUAGACACACGAUUUAUAACAAAAAUAUUGAUGGAAUCCAAAUCAAAGAAAACCACAACAAUAAUCAUAACAACAAAAAAAUUGAUGGAAUCCAAAUCAAAGAAAACCACAACAAUAAUCAUAACAACAAAAAAAUUGAUGGAAUCCAAAUCAAAGAAAACCACAACAAUAAUCAUAACAACAAAAACAAUAAUCACAUUAACAAUGUGACCAUUUGUUGUAAGAAGAUUACAACUCAGUGUUCAUCAAAAUUUCAUCAAAAUUUUCAACUUGAAGAUAUAAGAAAUUAUGUUGAUAUUUUAACCGCCCUAUGUAAUAUUAAUUAUACAUAUGACAAAUAUAUUAACCUAUUUAUUAAUAAAUUAAUUAAGGAUGAAAAAAACUCGAUUCUUUUUUUUAACAAGAAAAAUAUACAAAAUGUUGUUAUAACGUUCAGAAAUCUUCUUUUAUUAACAUACAAAGAAAAUGAUAUUAUAAAUAAGAUGACCAAUUUUAUCAUUUCAUAUAAUAACUAUGUUGAUAUAAAACAACUAAUUAUGAUAUAUUAUUCUUUAUAUAAUUAUAUUAACAAAAUAUAUCAUAUGGAAAAUAUAAAAUAUGUUGGGAAUCCAAGUCAAAUAUUUUCUAUAAUAAAUGAAAAAGAAAAUAAUAUAACACAUACUAAAAAUGAAACGAACUAUAUUAAUACAACAAAUAAUUAUAAUAAACAACAUAUGUAUCAUCAUGAUAUGUUUAAUGUGAAAUAUAAUAAAACCAAAGAUAAAGAACACCAUUCUUCUUUUAUUUCCAUAGAAUAUAUAAAAAAAAAUAUAUUUCAAUAUAUGUAUAAAUUGUUACAUAUCAUCCUUACAAGAAAAAAACAAAUAGAUUCUUUACAAGGUCUAGCUAAUUUGUAUUAUGCAACAUCAUUUAGUAUAAACAAUUUGUCUGUACCAAUGUAUCAUUUUUUUUAUGAACAUUUUUUUUAUAUAUUAAAUAUUAAAAAAGGAAAAGAAAAUGUCAUAUUACAAACCGUUGUACAAAUAUUUCUAUUUCAUUAUAAAAAUAAUAUAGUACAUAAAACGUUUUUAAUAUCUUUAUUAAAUCUUAUAAAUUAUAAAAUAUUAAUAGAUCUACAUAAUUUAUGUACAAUUACUUCUAUAGCAUACCACUUUAAUAUUAUAAAUCAAAAUUUUCUUAAUCUAAGUAUACAUUUUUUAAAUAAAGAAAUAAAUAAAAUAGAAAAUAUAGAAGGACAUACUACAACGGAUGAUACCAUAUCCAUUACUAUAAACGAAAAAAAGGAAAAAAAAAAAAAUUAUAUAUAUGAAAAUUAUGAAAAUAAAAAACAAAUGGAUGUAUUAUAUGAUCAUAAACAAGAUGAUAUAUAUAAAUAUGAUCAAUUAAAUAAUACAAAUAUUAAUAAUAUAAAGAAUUUGAAUCAUUCUAAAAUUAACAUGAUCAAUGUAUAUAAUGAAAAAAAUGACACAAACAAUAUGUAUCAUACAAACAAUAUAUUACCUACCAACAACAUAUAUCAUACAAACAAUAUAUUACCUACUAACAACAUAUAUCAUACAAACAAUAUAUUACCUACUAACAACAUAUAUCCUACUAACAACAUAUGUCAUACCAAUAAAGUAAUCAAAUGCAUUUUCUUUCUAGUUACUAAUAACACAUUCCUAAAUACUUCCAUACGAAAUUUUAUAAAAAUAUUAAUACUAUUAAAAAAAUUGCUUAAAAAAAAAAUUCAUUUUGAUGAUGAAGAAUAUAAAAUAAUACAUCAAAUAUUUUUGUACUUAAAUAUUUACUGUAAGAAGAAAGAAAAUGAGAAAAAAUAUAUGAACCAUAAAAGAAAUAGCACAAAUAAUCAUGACAUCCAUUUUUAUAUUCAACGUCAUUUUUUUAUACCUUACACAAUAUUAAAAGAUGUUGUUAAAAGAAAUAUCGUAUCACAUAAAAAGGUACAUAUAUCAAGCUUUCAAUAUAAAUUGUCCGAUUAUUUUAAUAAAAAAAAAAUUAAGUACAGAUCAGAAUAUUAUUUAAAACAAGGAUUAAUAGUAGAUUUUUUAAUUUUAAAAAAUAAUAAACCCUUUUUAUUAUUAGAAAUUGAUGGCAUUUAUCAUUUUAAUAUAUCUACUGAUGUCUCUGACUAUGAUAUAAUACACAAUAAUAUGUUACUUUUAAAAAAUGGAAGAACAUUAUUCCGUAAUCAUAUCCUAGAAUCUUUUGAUCAUCUCAAAUUUUUAUCAAUUCCUUGGUUCUUCUUUCUACAAACACAAUGGAUAAAAAAUUUGGAUCUUUUGUUAAAUAAAAAUGGGUUGUUGUAA